CACAGAAUCAGAAGGCCCAUCACCCACCCACAUCACCGUGCUGUGCAAGGGUCGUGCGUUCAAGAUGGAGGUCAUCGAUCAAGAGGGAGAACCUCUAACUCCUGCGGAACUUAAAAUACAACUUCAAGCCGUCAAAAAACACUGUGAAAAGGUCGGUGAGGGACCUAACAUCGCUGUGCUAACUGCGGGAAACAGGACAGAAUGGGCAAAGACUAGAGAGAAAAUGGUGGAGAUGGACCCAGUCAAUGCUCGUAACCUGUCCGUCAUUGAGAAGAGUAUCGUAGUCUUGGCGUUUGACGAUGCCAUGCCAAAGGACAUGGGGGAGGUCCUUCACCAGGCUUUGGUAGGGAGUUGCAAGAACAGAUGGUUUGACCAUAUCCACACUGAGGUGUUCUUCAAGAACGGUUUGUUCGCUAGCCACAUCGAGCAUACUCCAGCGGAUGGCAUGGUUGGUACCUAUUUUGGAAACUUCCUUUUUGCUCAGACACAGAGGAGUGGACCGAUUCAAAAGUACCAGGUUCCCGACAGGCCCGUUUCGGAACCAGACGAAUUGACUUUCACCAUAGAUGACGAGAUACGUGAUGCAAUAAUUCACACUGAGGAAACAUUCAGCCAACAGGCUUCGGACUUGGAACUAAUCUGCCCCAGCUUCACGGACUAUGGGAAGAAGUUCAUCCGUAGUUUUAAGCUCCACCCUGAGGCCUAUAUGCAGGCUGCACUACAGCUAGCCUACUUCAGGAUGCACGGAAUGUAAGUACAACAAUCACAGACUGACACGGCGUCAUUGUAGCCUGGAUACCAUACCCCAACCUCAAAUAUCUUUCGUGUUGGGGUCUGGCAGGAUGGCUGUAAAAAGUAUCUCGAAGGCCCUUGAUCAGAGGGAGGAGAACCUAGGAUUGAUGACCACUCACACCACAGGUAGCCAGCUACAACACACCACAGUUGGUCAGCAGGCUGUCACAGUAGCAAAUCAGGUGCUUAGUGGUCACUGUUAUGGA